GGCCACGUCGAUCUGCUCCUCCAACUAUCGCCAUAGACUGUGCUAGCUUGUGCAGCCACACAGUAUCUGGGAGGCAAUUUUUCUUGACAUACAAAUUUCUAGGGUUAUGAAAUUCAUCAAGAGCCUCUACGCCAGCUAUUUUGGACGUGGCAAUUUAAACGCGGACAUAGAAAGCGGACAUACACCGCUGAGCUUGGCAUCCCCCUUUGAAACGCAGGGAAAACAAUCAAACUGCAUAUUCUGUGGUGCAUCGAAAGCCAAUGGCUUCAAUGUUGUAUGGGAGGAUGAAUCUUAUACAGUGUUUACGGACAGAGACCCUGCAGCCGCGCAUCACUUGCUGGUAAUUCCUAAACGUCAUGUUGAUAACAUCAAGUCUUUGACUGCGCAAGAUGCUGACAUGGUUAGCGAAAUGGCAGCGAUUGGCCAUCGCAUACUAGAUGAGCUGAAGGCGCCCCCCGCGUCGCGCCGUCUAGGUUUCCAUAUACCCCCUUUCUUUUCAGUCAAUCACCUGCACAUGCAUGCUCAGGGUCUUCCCUACCGUUCUGCUGUCCGAGCCUUGAAGUACUACGUGUCCGCUGGUAGUCGAGGACACGAUAAGGGAUUUAGCUGGUUCUGCGAGGUCGGACAGGCUGUUCACAUCUUGGAGAACGGCGGUAAAGUCGGAGUGUUUCCGAGCUGAGAUGCAUUGUACUCGAUGGACAUACAAAAAUCCUAUCCUCCCAUAUCUGCAAGGCCACUUCCAAAACCCGUGCCAUUCUCUCAUCGGUGGAAUGACUUAGGCCUAGCUGCUUCUGGUGAAAGCACUGCCUACCGCAUCCUUCAUUUGCAACCGCAACCUUCUCGCCCAUUCCGGCCUGCAGGGACUGCGCAUGCUAUCGCUACCGACUCAGAACAGGCACGCAUAUGCCUCUACUGGGUCGUCAUAUAGCCUAUGGUAUGACGUGAGCCUCAUGACGACCCUGAAGGAUGUCGAAGGUUCGUGCCUACAUACUUAGCUGUGUUUGUCUCCGGGGUUAUUGCAACAGCUAACUUCAUUCGCAAUCGACGUAGGUACUGGUCGCACCGACGUUC